AUGUCCAAGAUGCACUUCUUGUCCUGCAUCGCACUAACUCUCGCGUUCAUCGUAGAUGGUGCACCUACCUCAGGCUCUAGCAGGGACACCCGGCAGAAGCUGGUGGACAUAAAGGAGGACUUGGAGAAGCUUCUGAACGGGGUCACUAAUUACAAGAACCACGAACACUCCACGAUGCUCACGUUUAAGUUUUACACACCCAGGAAGGUCACAGAAUUGAAACAUCUGCUGUGUCUAACGGACGAACUCAACCCUCUGAAGGACGUGCUAAAUUUAACUCAAAGGAAAAACUUUCACUUGGAAGAGAUGGCGCGGUCAGUGGGAAACAUCAAUGUCACAGUGAACGCACUAGUGGAAUCCACAGCAGAAACCCCAUGCGAGUACGAUGACGAGACAGUGACCUUCGUGGAGUUCCUGAACAAGUGGGUGACCUUCUGCCAGAGCAUCUUCUCGACGCUGACCUAAAGGCUUCCCAUUCAAAUGGAUUAGGCUUUCUAUUUAUUUAAAUAUUUAAAAUCUUAUUUAUUUUUUGAUGU